AUGCAUCGCAUGCAAGUUGGACUGUACAUACGUCGAGUCCAUCAAGGCAAGUAUGACGACUCUGAUACAACAUUACCACUAACAUUGCAACCUAGAUCGCGCCAUCGCAGCGGUUCGUUCUGCUACUCUCACAUUCUCCAACAUAUCACUCAGCGUUCGACUUUACCGUCCAGCUACAUCAGGAGCUUGGAGCACAAGGUAAAACAGAUGGAAGACCUUCUUCGCAAGAUCCUUCCUCCGAAAGCAGAUUUAAAGGAGGAGCUUGAGGCCAUUCAAGCACUUCCAGGGCACGCCCCGAGCAUGUUAUCUGCCCUGGUCCACUCGCUGAGCGUCGAAGUACCAGAAGUAGAAGACCGUGACCAUGCACUGGAAAGCAACCUUGAGGAAUUCAAAGACUACAUCCUUGGUUAUCGGUAUCAUGGGAAGUCAAGCUCUUUCCAAUUCAUCCAAGAAGCCUUAGAUACCAAAGCGGGGCAAUCGGGAACCCUGUACCAUGUCACGAAUUUCACUUCUCUGCGAGCCGAGUUUUGGGAUUUCCGCCCGUGGCACAAUCCCCACCGCUAUGUUCCGCAAGGGAUGGACUUCAAAUUUCCACCCGGAGAUCUUAUUCCGACGCUCAUCGACUCGUACUUUAUGUACUUUAAUACGUUUCUUCCCAUCCUCCACCGGCCGACGUUUGAUAAAUCCUUGAAGGAGGGGCUACACUACAAAAAUUACCAGUUCGGGGGAGUCGUUCUGAUCGUCUGUGCGCUCGGUUCCAAAUACGUAGAUGAUCCUCGAGUCCUCAUGGAAGGUGAGCAGUCAAAAUGGUCGAAUGGGUGGAAGUGGGUAGCUCAGGUCACAAGUCGGCGUCGGGCGUUUCCUUCCUUGGAUCCUCCAAACUUGUAUGACACACAAUCUUGCUGUCUUCUUUCUGAAUUUUACCUGAGCUCCUCAGCACCGCAGCAAUCCUGGACCAUAGUGGGCACAACACGUAACAGCCCGGUGAAAAAUACCGUGGAGGCCGAACUGUGGAAACGCGCAUUUUGGGGUCUUGUAUGUAUAGAUAGUGUCCUUAGCUCGGCAUUGGGUCGAGCGUGCGCCAUAUAUGAUGAAGACAUUGAUGUCGACCUACCCGCUGAAUGUGACGAUGAGUAUUGGGAACAUCCUGACCCUCAACAGGCAUUUAGGCAGCCUCCCGGGAAACCGACAAACGUGUCAUACUUGAAUUGUCUCCUACGACUGACACGGUUGAUUAUGAUAUGCAUGCGGACCAUCGUGCGUCCCCCGGAAUUGCUUUCCCAGAUAUUCUUGGCUUACCGGAUGCAGUACUCAUGCCAUAAAUCAAAAGUCCUUUUUGUCCUCAAGAAAGACUGGGAACAGCAAAUAGUCGUCGAGCUUGACUCUGCAUUGGACAAAUGGGUAGACUCUAUUCCAGAGCAUCUACGAUGGGAUCCUGACCGUGCUGACUUGUUGCAUUUCCAUCAAUCCGCGUCCCUUCUAUUGUUAUAUUACCAUCUUCAAAUGUUCAUUCACCUGCCCUUUAUCACGGCUCCAAGCAGCGGCUUUGAUUCCCCCUCCCUAUCUAUAUGUGCAAAUGCCGCACGCUCGUGUUCUCACAUCACAGAACUACAAAUUCAGAGGAAGAACAGUUACUUUCCAUUUGUAUCCAGUGUGCUGUCCUUCAAUGCGGCAGCUGUUCUCCUGAUAAAUAUCUGGGGCGCACGGCGGACAGGGAUGGGCGUUGACGUUGAUAAAGAGAUGGAGGGCGUGCAUAAGUGCAUGCGAGUACUUGCAGAUCUAGAGAUAUGUUAUCAGUAUGCUGGUGUAUUAUGGGAUAUUCUAUACGAGCUAGCGUCCACUGGUGAUCUUCCGCUUCCCAAUUCUAGAGAGAGAGAUAUAGUCGAGUCCUUCAAACUUUCAGAGAAUGCCGACCAGAGGCCGUACGCCGAUCCUCAACAAUCACUAUUCACCCUACCGAUAAAUAAUACGAACCUUGGACGAAUGCCUCUCCACGGGCAGGUUGAUCCGUCAGAUCAUAUCUCUGAUUGGUACAACGCUAAUCCGUACAACUGGGCUGCGGUUCCCGCUACUGUCAGCCAAGUUGAUAAUGUCAUGAGGGCGAUAUGGGAUAGGGCACCUAGCGGAGUAGAACCAGAUUGCUGGAGGGAUCAUGCGGAGUUUUCUGAGAGUCACCCUACGGGAAGGGAGUUUUAG